UGUGGGACACAGCAUGGUGGCAAAGUUCCGGGAUUGUUUUGUCUCUAUGAGAACGUAAAUAAUUCCUGAGCAACCAAAAUAUUUAAGAGCGAUUGUUUGAGAAAUCUAUUUUUUCAAGAAAUGAAAAGUCUAUAAAGGCGAUACUUACGCUUUCUGUGGUCAGAUAUAGAUUUGUCGACAUUUUGAUCAAAGAAGCAAUCUGUGGAUUUAAUCUUCAGAGCCAGUCGACGACAGAUAAAGCUACGUCAGGUGAAAAUGUGGUAUUACUUUGUGGCUCAUUGUGCUUACCAUUUUACAAGGUGGUUUCCUAAAGAUACGCGAGGAAAAGUGAGAAUCACUGUGAUACUUUUCGCUCUUUUGUUUAUUAUACCACAGCUGUAUGUCAUUCAUGUAGAGAAUACCGGUAAUGGGUACUGUGAUGAGCCUCUGUUAAACAUCACUGUAGCAGGAAUUGUUUUCACAUUUGCAAUGUUAGCCUUCACAUUUCUCUUUGCAAUAAUGGAACCAGUUCCCUGGCAGCUAAAGAUUGCCUUUCAUUUCUUUGGAUUUGGUUCUCUAAUUCUUGGCAUGGUCCUGUUUGCCUCAACUUUAGCCACGGAGGAUUGUGUGAGCUUUACAGUCAUCUUGUGGUCAUUUAAACUGAUUGAAGUGUUUUACUUGUACUUUUUGUUAGGAUUUCUUAUCAUCAUGCUGCCAUUUUGGUUGCUGAACUAUCUGUGGCCUGACUCUGUUCUCAAUCGACGAGAAAGACGUGGUGUUUGUUAUGAACCUGUCAAGUGCUGUACCUGUCUGUGGCAUAUUUAGAAUGUACACUGUAUAUGAUGCAACUGAUACCAAAGGCGUCUUUGGGAAUUUUGAAGCAGAGACAGUAAAAUGCUACAGUGUGUAUUUAUGAUUCAGAGAUUCACACUGAUUCACCAAAAGUUCACAGUGAAACUUUGGUUUCUCGUCAAAUGAUCAUGUUUUAGAGCAAGUCUCAUCUUCAGAAUGAUGUUGAUGGUUUAAGUGUUAUUGGUAUUUAAUUGUAAAUAGAUAUUUAUAUUUUCUAAGCACAAAGUCUGAAUUUCAGCAGUCUCUUUCCCGCGCCCCCCUUGGGGUAAAGAGAAGAGACGGCUGAAAUUCAUACUACCAAGCACACUGAAAAUUACUAAGCGUGCACAAGCUAUAAAGAUCUAAAAAUUAGCUCGAGCCGUUAUGUAAAUAUUGCAUGGACUUUGACUGUAAUAUUUUACUAUUGAGACUUUUUUCAUUAAGAGGAGUUUUGUUCAAAUACGGGUUGGCCAGAGUCACGGAACCCGCCACCAUUAUUAUUACUCAGCACAGGGCUCUGUUAGUCCACUGUCUGGAACCCCGGAAUAUCUGGAUCACAUUUCGAGGGCGGUAGGGCCCACAACACAGAUAUAUGUUGUUCUACAGCCUUGGGGCAUUAUGCAGUACACUCCUUACCGAAUAAAAUCAUUUUUAGUAUUUU